GGGCGCAGGAGUGACUCCGAGGCGAGCAGAGCAGCGGCUGGCUCUCCAGAGCUGAAUGAGAACCAAGGAGCUGGUGGAGGUGGAGGAGGAGGUGGUAAGGGGGAAUGGAAAAGGCACGCGUGGAAAUGAUGAAACCAGCCUUUAGUUUCAACCCACCGCCGUCCACUUUUUAGGAUUCUCGCGCGCAGACUUGCUCAGGUGGGACAAGUUCCGCACAAUGUUCAUGAAUGGGUCUCAUCUGAACAGCUCCGCAGACCCGACCGUGAGCCGCCCGCCGUGGGUCACCACCACUCUGGGCUGCUUCCUCAUCUUUACCAUCGUGGUGGACAUCCUGGGAAACCUCCUGGUCAUCUUCUCCGUGUACAGGAACAAGAAGCUCAGGAACGCAGGAAACAUCUUUGUGGUUAGUCUUGCAGUGGCGGACCUCGUGGUGGCCAUCUACCCAUACCCUUUGGUCCUCACCUCUAUUUUUCACAAUGGCUGGAACCUGGGUUACGCCCAUUGCCAGAUCAGUGGCUUCCUUAUGGGUGUCAGCGUCAUCGGCUCCAUCUUCAACAUCACCGGGAUUGCCAUAAACAGAUACUGCUACAUCUGCCACAGCCUCAAAUAUGACAAACUGUACAGCGACAAAAACUCUGUCUGCUAUGUGAUGUUAAUAUGGGCCUUGACUGUAGUGGCCAUCAUACCCAACCUGUUUGUGGGUUCGCUUCAAUACGACCCACGGGUUUAUUCCUGCACCUUCGAGCAGUCGGCCAGCUCGGCGUACACCAUUGCUGUGGUAUUUUUUCAUUUUAUUUUACCCAUUAUGAUUGUUACUUACUGCUACCUGCGGAUUUGGAUUUUGGUCAUUCAGGUGAGGAGGAGAGUCAAACCGGACAAUCGACCCAAGUUGACUCCGCACGACGUCAGGAACUUUGUCACAAUGUUUGUGGUAUUUGUGCUCUUUGCCGUUUGCUGGGCGCCGCUCAACUUCAUCGGCCUGGCUGUAGCAAUCAAGCCAGAGGUCGUGGUUCCCCUCAUCCCAGAGUGGUUAUUUGUGGCCAGCUACUUCAUGGCCUACUUCAACAGCUGCCUUAAUGCCAUUGUGUAUGGUGUGCUGAACCAGAACUUCCGGCGGGAGUACAAGCGCAUAGUAGUGUCUGUGUGUACAGCCCGUAUAUUCUUCCAGGACAGCUCCAAUGAUGCAGGCGAGAGGCUCAAGAGUAAACCAUCACCGCUCAUGACCAACAAUAACCAGGUCAAGGUGGACUCUGUCUGAACUCAGAAUCAUGAACUCAUUUGCUGUUUAUUUAAUUAUUGUUUUAAUAGUUAUCAUAAAAAGAAUAUAAUACCAAAUCCAAUUAUGAAAAACUGCUUGUAUGCUCUGAGCUGUGAUACUGUACGGUGCUACCUGACCUCUGAACAAUCAGGGGUAAAUAUAAACAUUGUCUUUUAUCAGCACUUUGACUCAGCAGAACGUGUAGUAAAGUGAAUAUAAAACAUUGGGUUUGUUUUCAUAUUUGCAGUGAUGAUAUAAAUGUAUCAUGCAUUACGUAAGUAUAUAUUUUGUAUUAUAUGCAACACACACACACACACAGUCCUGUGCAAAACUUGACUCAUUUCUUUUAAUACAGUGGUCUUUAUCAGUAGUUCUCCAGUUGUGCUGAAGGUCGUGAAGUUUUCUAAACCAGUUCCAUAUUUGUCAUUAUUUAUGAAGCCAUACACCUGAUCUGUGAGGUAAUGAGGCAUCAAAGCACCUAAAUGUCAGGGAUGAACCAGUAUUGUGUCAACACAGACAUGUUGGCUAGCUAAAGUCUCAGCCAGCUGCUGAGAUUUUAACCUUUUCAACUUUGAACUUUCAAAUUUGAACUCAAGAAGUUACUUCCCAAGCAUUACUGAUUGAACUGUAAAAACAUUCAAGCUAAAUAAUCACAGGCACAAUGAAAACUCAAGGAGUUUUAACUAUUAUUGUACUACUUAUAUGUAUAUCCUUUAAUUUUUUUUCUAAUUUUCACAUCAUCUGAUGGUGACGUGGAUGAUGGUUAGCGUUAUUACACCUGACACUUCUCCAUUUGUCCUUUACAGCCAAUCCAAAAGAGAAAUUUUUGAAAGAUCUUCAGAAGCCCCAAAGAACUAGUAAUCAAGACCAUAUCAAAUAAUUAUACAGGUCCAGCUGUUCAGAAGAAAGUUGGAAGAAGUUAGUAGUUGUUUAAAGACCAUGACUCAUUUGACUUUGCAAUGUUGAAGUUUUAUCUCCACAAAUAACACAAGCCUGAAGGAGUUCUGCUCUGUUGUGGAGUUGCUAAUGCUAACGGUUAGCUUCUACUAGCUAAGAUGUGCCGUGCUCUCUCCUGGAUGCUACACCAACAACAGCAUAUUUUCACUUUCAGUCAGCAUGUUAAACUCAGAGUGACUGAUCACGUUUCUAAAUUAAGAAUAUAAAGGUUUUCCAGUGAACUUGGUCUUUUAAAACUUUUGCACAAUAAUGUGUACAAACACCCCAGCAAAACAACUGUGCAUUUUUUGACAGAUACCUUUAUUUAUUUAUUUAUUUUUACAAAACUUUGUUCAAGCAAAUAACAAAAAAAUAAUAUUUUGUUAAAAAUAACAAUGAAAUUAACCCUAAGAACCUAAUUUGUGACACUGUAACCGAGUUGGAGCAAUGUGGGUUGCUGCAGUCCUAUUUUAUACUUGACGGCACCAUCCUUCUAUGUUGGGUUUAAAAUUAGUAAGAGGGAUUUCUUUCUCUCCACUUUUUCAGCUCAUCGUACUGUAUGCAUGGUAAUCAGGAAAUGUUUAUAUGCAAAAUAAAAAGUGAUAUCAAUGAAAGGUUUGCUCUAGCCGUGUCUUCAGUUGAAUACAUUUCUGAUUUAUUUAGAGUUCACUUAGGCCAUGUACACAUGUAGCAGGGUUUUUGUAAAAUAAAAUAUCUUCCCCCUCCAAUCUAGGAUUUUCAGCUAAAACUCUAGUGCAUUGUAAAGCCCAUUCAUAGGCAGGCCAAGCCUGUAGGUGGCACUAGUUCCCCAAAUCAUUGGCAUCUUUGUCGAAAUACAUUUCCUGGAUGUGGAAUAACUAAUAGAAAAAGUUUGUGCUCUACCUUAUUUUGUUUGUCCAUGAGUGGUUUAACGUGUACACUCCAUCUCUGUUUAGGGUUGGCAUUUUUGCUAUUCUGUCUAAGGCAUUGAUGAUAAAGAAUUUCAAAGAAACAGAAUGAAUGUAACCAAGCUGGAAUAACUAGGUGACCUUAGAACUGAAGAAGCUUCUCGGAUGAGAGGUGAAAGGUCUUCAAGCAACUCAAAGAAGUCCAGACGCUUUUCUUUCAAAGCUCAUUAGACAUUUGUCCUUAACAUUGUCCUUCGCUAUGUUGAACAUGUAAUGUCAGAGCAAUUUUGUCCCGGGCAGUGACGUUGCGAAACCUAAAACCCCGAAUAUUUACAUCCACAAGCAAAUGUGAACAAUGAAGAAAUUACAGUAACGCUUCAUUUUACAGUCUCCUAAUUACAAAGUACUUACAUGGCAAUUACAUAGUAAGUUAGAGUGUAUUAUUGUUUGAGUUCUUAAACAGUUAUUACCAUGUAAUAAUGGGGCGACGGUGGCACAGGAGUUAAGUGCUCGCCCCGUAAUCGGAAGGUUGCAGGUUCGAGCCCCGCUCAGUCUGUCGCUGUCGUUGUGUCCUUGGGCAAGACACUUAACCCUCCUUGCCUGCUGGUGGUGGUCGGAGGGACCGGUGGCGCCAGUUCUUGACAUCCUCGCCUCCAUCAGUGCGCCCCAGGGCAGCUGUGGCUAAAUUGUAGCUCAUCCCCACCAGUGUGUGAAUGUGUGUGUGAAUGGGUGAAUGACUGGUUGUGUUCUAAAGCGCCUUGAGGGUUUCCAGGACUCUAGAAGGUGCUAUAUCAAAUACGGGCCAUUUACCAAGUAACUCAGAUUCAAUUCUACUUUUAUUUUUUUAAUCAUUCCCAGUAAAUACUGCUUUACACGGUAAUUACACUUUAUUACAAUUAUACACUUUAAUUACACAAUAUUACACUUUAACUUACUGUGUGAUUACCUUGUUAUUACCAUGUAAGUGCUUAGUAAUUAGGGGACUGUAAAAGAAAGCGUUACCGAAAUUACAAUUUGGUUUUUGAAAGAAUAAUUUUUGGUGACAAAUUUCUUCACUUUCAUGUGGAUGACAGGCCAAACUGUAAAAAAAUUCUCUGUUUUGUGGGAAACCUGACUACAUGUACAGAGGGUCUGUGAGUUGGGACAAACCUUUCCUUGCAGAAUUGCCCUACUGAGAUCGUUGUGGCGUUGCCUUUUGUUUGUAAUUAGGUAAUGUGUUCUGGCCUCCUUUUAAAGCUACAUCAGCUGCCUUUCAAAGACAUGAAUCAGACAAAAGAAUUACAUUGGGCUUCCAUGGGACUGAAGCUGCAGUAUUCAAGGUGAAGCGAAAAGACCUUGCCUGCUACUUUCACCUUAUCAACCAUCUGCCCCUCUAAAUACCGUGACAGGUGGAAUAAUGUUGCAAACCUGCAAAGGGACUUUACUUGUCGGUUUUUCUCUUAGCCGUUUGAUUUAAACUGAGAAGUUUCAUUUUAAUAAGAGUACAAGGAGCUACAAAGCAUAUAAUCUGGCUUGUCUAUACUGCUGAAAUACCAGCGUGAUAGAUUUUACCUAAAGUGGUCAUCAGUAGCUAUAAAAAGAUAAUAUACAGUCUAUUUUACUUGGACAAUGUGCAUAAAGUACUGGUAGGCACCAGAGUCCUUCACUCUGUGAAGGACUCUCCAGAGCCCAGGAGAGGACACUGUAUAGGCUACUGUACAUCGAGGGUCCGGACAUGUGUCUCACCCUCCGCGUAGGCAACCCGCUUAGAGGAAUCGGGAGAAGAGCUCAGCGAUGCAUUUUCAAAUCCACUCAGCUUACAUAACGGCCACUGACCAUCAUCCUCUAAGAGCUGAAAGGGCUCCCAGUGGACUACCCCCCACCCCUCCCCGUCUCUGCAUUUAAUCCCAAGAGCUGUGUGUGUUUGGAAAAACUGAAGGGGUUGCUGAUGAGCAAAUGCAAAAAUCCCUGGGAUUUACUCUGCCCCCAAACAGUCAUGCAGUAAUCUGGGCCAAGUGUGCGUGUGCCGUUUAGCCCAGGAUGUGUAUUUUGUUUAGUGAUCAGUAAAGCUGAUUUUUAAUUUAUUUAUUGAUUCAAUAUAUGAAAGAGAAAAAUAAAGUGUCACUCAAAUUUCCAGUCGAUAAACCAACUUGUUUGUUCAAAGUUUACAGAACUGCUGCUCUAUCAGAAAAGUGAGUAAAGGAUUCCACCAAAAUGAGAGCCAAGGUGGGGCUAUUGAUCUCCAAGUCUGUUAGGUAAUCAUAAAUUUGGACAGAGCUGUAAUGAUGUCAUCUGUUGGCUGUGAAGAGCCAUUUUAAUGUUUGAAUCUGAGCCAUUGUUGUGUCUUUGGAGCCAUAACUUAGAAUAUGGAGAGGCUCAGACGUUCAGGAGCUUCACUGGACUAAUGGAAGUACUGUGGCAAACAUUUUCUACUUUACAAAAUAAAUCAUUUCAGAAGGAUUGCAGGAGAUCAAGAUUUGAAAACGAUACAAAAAAUAAGUCAAAGAAGUGGCAUCUAACUACCAGUAUUAAACUAAUUGAAACGCCAGCAAAUGUCAGAAAACAUACAAUAACCCGAGCAAAACCUCCCGUCGCUGUGCGUCAGUAUUCCAACAGCUGAAAUGUUUUCCCAACCUUCCUUAUUGUCUACAGGAGAGAUUCAUGAACAUUAGACCAAAUGUAUGGUUACCUGGAUGAUAACGACCUGCUUUUCAUUAAAACAUGAAAGUUUAGGUACAUUUUUCAAGUAAAUAUCCAACCAACCUGUCUUACUUCUAUGCCAAUUCUGAAGAGAUAAAGCACGUAUUUGCACGUUUCACUUAUAAAAUUAACAACAAUAGAAAUAUAGAAUGAUGUUAUUUAACAUUUAAAGGUGGAAUAUGAAACACAAACACCAAAGGGACAUCUAGUGUGAGGAGGAUGUACAAACUGGACUUUUCAAAGUCCUCAGAUUAGAAAAAAUGUUGAAAAAGUUUAGUUUUUUUAUUGAUCUAAGGCCAUCAUGCUCCAGUAUGCGUUUCAUAUUUUCUACUACUACCACUACUACUACUAGUAGUAGUAGUAGUAGCAGUAGUAGUAGUAAGUAAAUGUUAUUUAUUUAGCACUUAUCACAGGCAAAGAAUCACAAAGUGCUUCACAUAGAUCAAAACAAAAUAAAAUAUAAAGUCAUAAAAUCAUAAUGAUCCCAAAACAGAAAUAGAUUUACAUCAGAAAAAAAAUAAGUCAUAAAAUUAUAAAAUUUCAUAAACAGACAAAGAUGAUUGCAAAUUUCACUUAAAAAUAAGAAAACAAGAUUUUGGUUAAAGCAGCUUUAAAUAAAUGGGUCUGCAGCUGUUUUUUUUUAAGUGUCCAGACUGUCAAUGCUACGUAAGAAUGAAGGAAGAUUAUUCCGAAGUCGGGGUGCAACAGUCUGGAAGGAGCGAUCACCUCAACUUUUAUAUCUGGUCUUUGGAACUUCUAGAAGGUUCUGGUGUGUGGACCUGAGGUCUCGGGUUGGAGCAUAAGACUUUAACAGUUCAGUAAU